CGCAGCGCGCAAGAAUUGCCAGUAUAAAUCUGCAGUAGUAGCUUGAGGAUCGCCACCAAGGCAGCCCGGGACGGCGUGAGAAGGUUGGCACACAAUGGGCGGCGGUGUAUCAUCUCUCCCUGCAGAGGUCUCGCUUGCUGAGGCCAAGGAGCUGGCGGGCGCCAAGUGGCAGCCCGCGUGGGAGGAGAAGUUCGCGGAAGCCAAGAUCUCCAGGGACGAGGCAAUACAAUGCUGGAAAGAGUCCAAGGCCACGAUCUCCGAGGCGCUCUACGAGAAGCUCCACGGCGUCGACCGCUCCGGUGUUGCCGAGGCGCUGGACUUUUCGGCCAUAAUUGCAGAGAAGCGCGGGCAGCACCUACCCGGCACGCGCGAGUGGGUCUUCGAGGCGGUCAUGCGCUGGCGGACGGAUCCGGAAGCUGCGAAGCUCUUCUGGCUCGUCGGUGGCGGCGGCACGGGCAAGAGCGUCGCCGCGGCCGAGUUGCUGGCGCGACUGCUCGACAAACAAAACGCAGCCGCGUGGCACUUCUGCAAGCACACCGAGCCGGCGCGGUCCGCGCCAGCGACACUUUUGCGGUCGCUGGCGGGCAUGCUUUGCGCGACGGUCGAUGGAUUCGAGGAGGCGCUGCGCGAGGGCGGCGGCGGCGACAACGCGACGGACAAGGUCGACGAGCUCUUCCAGGCGCUGAUUGCCGAGCCGCUGCAAAGCGUUGAGGCGCCGCGCGGCGCGGACGACGCUCUGGUGUUGAUAAUCGACGCGCUCGACGAGCUGCCGCGCGACGCGCUCAAGCCGGUGUUGUCGUUGCUCGCGAACGAGCUCAAGACGCUGCCGCCAUGGAUCAAACUUGUGGUGACGAGCCGCGACGAGGCUCAGAUUAAGGCGUCAUUGAAAGGUUACACGCCGUCAGAGCUCCGCGUCGACGAGGCGCGGAACCGGCAAGACGUUCGCGCGUACCUGACGGUACUCGCGAAGGAGCACGUCGAGCUGGAAGUGACGAUGGACUCGCUGCGGCACGAGGUCGAGGCGAAGUUCCCGGGCCUGAAGAAUCUCGACACGUUCGCGGAUCUAGAGGACCCGCUGCGGCGGUCGAAGGGCGCGUACGAUGACGCCGUCAACGGGGUAGCGGACAUCGGCGCCCUCGCUGCGUACAAGGAACGGCGUGAUGUAGACUUGAAGCAAGACAAGAGCGAUUUCGAGGCGCUCUAUGCCGACGCAGCGCGAGCGCAGAAGAUUUUAGUUGACAAGCUCACGCAGCUGCCCGGUGAUCUCUCAGACCCAGGCGUGAAGGGGCGCGGCUCGGCGCAGCGCAAGCUAAACGACAAUUACAAAGGUGAUGCCGCGCGCUUCCGAGACCUCAGUCGGGCGACAGUCUUGUUCGAGAACGCCGCCGACCUUCUCAAGGUGCUGACCGAACUGGAUGGUGGCGGCCUCGGGCUGGAGAUCGCUCAAUUAAAAAACAAGUUCGCGAAUCCGACGCCGCUCGGCUACCGUGACAUGAACUUGAACGUCCGCGUCCAGCUCGGCGACGGCGAGACGCAUCUCGCCGAGGUUCAAUUAAAUUUGAGGAGCGUUGCGGACGCCAAGCACAUCGCCCACGAGCAAUACGAAGUGAUCCGAUUAGCGCUGCCGAAGAUGUGUGAAGGUACGAGUGUCGAAGCGGACGCGCUUGAGGCGUAUAUCGCUCGUCGCUUGCGGUCUUCGGCGUUGGAUGCAGCUGUGACCUCGCUCGAACGGAAGGCCGGCGGACUCAUGCUCUACGCACGUCUCAUCGCGGAGCAGCUCGCGUCCACGACGGGCAAGAUCGACUUUGCGAGCGUCGGUGCACUUCCCGCGGGCCUCGACGAGAUCUACGCGGAGAAUUUUCGACGCGUGUUUGUCGAUGAUACUGCAUGGUGCGACGCGCUGCCGCUCGUUGAAUUAAUCUGUGCAGCGGCCGAGCCGUUGACAAUUGACGCUGCGAGUGGGGCGCUCGGCUGGGAUCGGGCUCGCUGCGAGGGUCUAUGUGCUGAGGUGUCGCUGCUGUUCCCGCUGCGCGAGGGCGACGUGAUCGGUGUUUUGCACAAGACCGUAACGGACUGGCUAACCGGCGAGGCGCCGUUUGACGGCCGUGGCUGUGAGGACGCGUUCUUCAUUGCGCAGGAGUCGGCGCACCGGCGGCUGGCGCGGGCUUGUGCUCGGGCGGUUCGUGCUGAGGUUCUGGAUGCAAAGUCGUACUCGAGCGAUGCUGCUGCAGAUGCGGCGCUGGCAUCAUUCGUCAAGGGCGAGGGCGGCGCUGCGUCGGAUGCUUAUGCGUUGCGCUGGUGCUUGUUUCACAUGAAGCGGUCUUCUGCUGAGGGCGAGGCCGUCGCUGUGGCGUGUGCCUUGUCGUACGUGCAGAAACGGGUCGAUGGCGGCGACGUUGGUGCAUUUGCUGGUGACCUCGAUGUGCUGGAGGGUCGUGACGCGCUUCUACUCCGCGACGCGCUCGUGUUGUCACGGAACGCGUUGUCGCAGGGCACUCCACUUGUCGAGCAGUUCUGGCAGCGCAUGACACCACGCGCCAAUGCGGAGUCGUCUCCUGCCGCGCGACGCCUGGCCGACGACGCAAAGGGAGUCGCGAGCAAGCUGCCGCUCUCGGCCGUGAGGUCGAUGGGUCUGACGGCGGCAGGUGGGGCGGAGCGGUGUCGUAUUGAGGCCGGAGGUGAGUGCACGAGCUUGGCGACGUUCGUGGAUCCGGCGACGGGCGAGCCGCGGGUUGCUUGUGGUUUUGAGCAUGAAGUGUACAUCUAUGAUCCGGUCGCUGGUGGCGCGGCGCUUCUCGUGAUUGAUGUGGACUCGGAUGUGCGGAGGUUAGUGGUCUUCAAAGACCCGGCGACGGGUGAGCCGCGGCUUGCUUGUGGUUGUUAUGAUGGGAAGGUGCGCAUCUUCGACCCGGUCGCGGGGGGCGAGGCGUUGCUUGUGAUCGAUGUGGAUUAUAGCGUGAGUGCGCUUGUCGUAUUUGAGGAUCCGGCGACGGGUGCGCUGCGGCUCGCAUGCAGUUCUGACGACUGGAAGGUUCGCGUCUUCGACCCGGUCGCGGGUGGUGAGGCGCUGCUCGUCCUCGAGAUAGGCGACGAAGUGAACGCCUUGGCAGUCUUCAAAGACCCAGCGACGGGCGCGCCGCGGCUCGCGCGCGCGUCGGGAGAGAAGGUGCUUGUCUUCGAUCCGACCGCGGGCGGUGACGCGCUGCUCGUGGUAGAUACUGGACACGAAGUGUGGGCACUGGCGGUCUUCAAGGAACCAGCGACGGGCGCGCCGAGGCUCGCGUGUGGUUCUACCGAUGGAAAGAUUCGUGUCUUUGACGCUAUUUCUGGUGGCGACGUGCUGCUCGUGCUCGACGCUGGCGAAGUGGUGAGGGCGCUGGUCGCAUUCGAUGACCUGGCGACGGGCGAGCUGCGGCUCGCGAGCGGGUCGGAGGACGGAAAGGUGCGCGUCUUCGACCCGGUCGCGGGCGGCGAGGCGCUGGUCGUGCUCGAGGGGCAUGCGGACUAUGUGAGGGCUUUGACAGCCUUCACAGACCCGGCGACGGGCGAGCUGCGGCUCGUGAGCGGAUCGGACGACAGCACUGUGCGAGUUUGGAACCCGGCGGCGAGCGGCGCGGCGAUCGAGGUGGAGCCCGAGGGGCACUCUGGCAUUGUGAGGGCCAUGGUGACCUUUGUGGAUCCGGCGACGGGUGUGCUGCGGGUCGCGACCGGGUCGAACGAUGAGACGAUUCGCGUGUGGGACGCAGAGACUGGCGGUGGGCUGCUCGUGAUCGACGUUGGUUCUGAUGUGUUUGCGUUGGCGUUCUUUGUGGACCCGGCGACGGGCGCGCCGCGGCUCGCUUCUGGCUCUAACGGUGGGAAGGUGCGCGUCUUCGACCCGGUCGCGGGCGGCGAGGCGCUGGUCGAGCUCGACGCCGGCAACACCGCGUAUGCGCUGGCGUUCUUCGCGGACCCGGCGACGGGUGCGUCGCGGCUCGCUUGUGGAUCAGGUGGUUGGCGUGGUGGGAAAGUGCAUGUCUUCGAUCCAGUCGCGGGGGGCGAGGCGCUGCUCGUGAUCGACGUGAAUGCUAAGGCGCUGGCAAUGUUCACGGACCCGGCGACGGGCGCGCUGCGGCUUGCUUGUGGUUGUGAGAAUGGGGAGGUGCGUAUUUACGACCCGCUCGCGGGCGGCGAGGCGCUGCUCGUACUCGAGGGGCACACGGAAUCCGUGGAGGCGUUGACUGUUUUCGAAGACCCGGCGACGGGCGGACUUCGCCUCGCCAGCGGAUCAGACGACAAUUCCGUGCGCGUCUGGGACUUGGCGGCGGGUGGUGCGGUGCUGUUUGUGCUCGAGGGACACACGGAGUUUGUUUGCGCGCUGACGGCCUUCGCGGACCCGGCGACGGGCGAGAUGCGGCUCGUGAGCGCGUCGUACGACAAGACUUUGCGGGUAUGGGACGUGACCAAGGGCGGUGCGGCGCUGCGGGUAGUUCCUUUUGAAGAUAAUGUCUGGGACUUGGCGGCCAGGAACGACAAGAGCGGGCUCUUUGUGGCUUUGGGAAAGCGGUGGGGGGAAUUGCGCAUAUAG